AGGUCAUAUGUAUCUGUGUCUAUAAGCUGUUGAUUUCAUUAGUCAAACAAGAGGAAGCAAAAUUCUGCAAAAUCAAAGAGAAAAUGAUUAAAAACAAUGGUCUAAAUUGACAAUGUCAGCCAGAUAUGUGAAGGCUAGCCAAAGAUGUCUUUCUUUGCUGGAGCAAUGUCGUACAAUGUCUCAAGUCAAGCAGCUGCAAUCUCAUCUCAUCGUCUCAGCCGCACUUUCGGACCCUUUUGCCGCCGGGAAAAUCAUUUCUUUCUUUGCCGUCUCCUCCAACGCUGACGUCUCUCAUGCUUACAAACUCUUCUUUUCUCUUCAACAUCGAACCACCUUUAUUUGGAACACCAUCAUUAGAGUUUUCGUGGAGAAAAACGAAAAUGCCACCGCCCUUUCUGUAUACAAAAACAUGCUUCAAUCUGGGUUCUUGCCCAACAACUAUACCUUCUCUUUCGUUCUUCGAGCCUGUACCGAGAAUUCAACUCUGGGUUUAGCUUCUCAUGCUCAAGUGAUUAAGUUGGGUUGGGAAUCUUAUGAUUUUGUGCUAAACGGAUUGAUCCAUCUCUACGCUAAUUGGAACUCAAUGGAAGCUGCUCGUAAACUGUUUGAUGUAAGUACUGCCAGAGAUGUCAUUACGUGGACUGCUUUGAUUAAUGGGUAUGUUAAAUCUGGCCAAGCCGACCUUGCAAGGGAACUGUUUGGUCAAAUGCCUGAAAGAAAUGCGGUUUCGUGGAGUGCAAUGAUUACUGGGUAUAUUCAUAUGGGGAUGUUUAGUCAGGCUUUGGAACUCUUUAACAGUAUGCAACUUUCCGGUCUACAUCCGAAUCAUGCUGGGAUUGUGGGAGCCCUCACUGCUUGUGCAUCUCUUGGAUCUUUGGAUCAUGGAAGGUGGAUACAUGCAUAUGUUGAUAGAAAUGGAAUGGAGUUGGAUAGGGUUUUGGGCACUGCCCUUGUUGAUAUGUAUGCCAAAUGCGGCUGCAUCGAAAUAGCAUAUUCAGUAUUCGAAAAGAUGCCUGAUAAGGAUGUUUUUGCAUUUACAUCUUUGAUUUCAGGCCUGGCUAACCAUGGCCGAAGUGCGGAUGCAAUUCGGUUGUUUGCGAGGAUGCAAAGCGAAAAAGUUUUUCCAAACGAAGUUACUUUCAUAAGCGUCUUAAGCGCUUGUAGUCGAAUGGGAUUGGUGGAUGAGGGGUUAAGAAUCUUCAAUUGCAUGAGUGCAGUUUAUGGUAUUGAACCAGGCGUCCAGCAUUAUGGCUGUUUGGUAGAUCUUUUAGGGAGAGCUGGACUGCUUGAAGAGGCAAAGAGAUUUGUGGGAGAGAUGCCUAUGGAACCAGACUCCUAUGUGUUGGGUGCAUUACUCAAUUCUUGUAGAGUGCAUGGUGAUGUUGAGUUGGGAAAGGAGAUGGUCGAGAGCUUGGUUGAGCGAGGUCUCGACCAUGGUGGGGUUCAUGUCCUGCUGUCGAACAUGUACGCAUCUUCUAACAGAUGGGACCGAGUCGUAAAGGUGAGGGAGGAGAUGGGAACAAAGAAGGUCAGAAAAGAACCAGGGUGUAGUUUGAUCGAAAUUGGUGGCAGGAUGUCCGAAUUCGUUGCGGGAGACAUGUCGCAUUUGCUUGUGGAGGAUGUCAUGCUGGUUUUGUUAGGGAUUGAUAAUCACUUGAAAUUCCUUUUGCUUGAUGAUGCCAAUACUAAUUCCAAUAUUUGUUGACAUUACAAUAUAUGC